AUGAAGUUAGAUGCAAAAGCGCUUCGAUACAUGUCCUCUGAGGAUUUCAGAGUUUUAACUGCCGUUGAAAUGGGCUCAAAAAAUCACGAAGUUGUGCCUACUUCCCUCAUUGCUCAAAUUGCUCAAUUAAGACAUGGAGGUGCACACAAGAUCGUAGGCGAGUUAGCUAAAAGGAAGCUUAUUGCACGAGUACAAAACAUGUCUUAUGAUGGAUAUCGUCUUACUUAUGGUGGGUACGAUUACCUUGCGCUCAAGACAUUCGCCAAACGAGGCACUGUGUACUCGGUUGGUAAUCAAAUCGGUGUAGGAAAGGAAUCAGAUAUUUAUAUUGUCGCUGAUGAAGAGGAGAAUCAACAUGUGCUAAAGCUUCAACGUCUCGGUCGUAUGUCCUUCAGAACAAUCAAGUCAAAACGAGAUUAUCUUCAAAAACGUAAAUCAGCUUCCUGGAUGUAUAUGUCGAGAUUAGCUGCCAUGAAAGAAUAUGCGUUUAUGAAAGUGUUGUAUGAGCAUGGAUUUCCUGUACCUGAACCCAUUGAUGCCAACAGACAUUGUGUCGUAAUGGGGCUGAUUGAUGCUUUCCCACUUCGACAAAUAGAACAGGUAGCCGAUCCUGGCAAGCUUUAUUCAGAAUUGAUGGAUUUAAUUGUCAAACUAGCCCAGUAUGGACUUAUUCAUGGAGAUUUUAACGAGUUCAAUAUCUUGAUCAAGAGCGAUGGAUCACCUGUGCUCAUUGAUUUUCCUCAAAUGGUGUCUACCUCACACGCCAAUGCUGAAUAUUACUUCAACAGAGACGUUGAUUGUAUUCGUACCUUUUUCCGUCGUCGAUUUGGCUAUGAAAGUGCGUUAUAUCCUAAAUUUACACGGGAUGUCAAUAGAGAAUUCAGUUUGGAUGUUCAAGUGGCUGCAAGUGGAUUUAGUAAAAAGAUGCAAAAAGAAUUGGAAGACGUAAGUCUAUUUGAUUGA